CCCCUCUUUCCUUCGCCAGACGCUCAAAUCUACCAGACUACGAAAACCUUGCUCGAUGUUUCAGGAGAAAAUUUUCAGGACCAGACUUUGAUAAUUUUUCAUCAAUUUAUGAACUAAGUACGGUGUUUUUGUGGCGGUAAAUUAGAACACAAGAAACAUUGUUUCUGAAGGAGCGCACUGGGCGGAGGCAAAGCGGCGACCCAAGCCUUCUAAUUAUUAAUCUAAUUUCCACAUAGUCUUUUCCAUUAAUUGGACUUCUGACAGGUAAUUUGUUUUCAUUUGCCAUAAAUCUGGUUCCAACGGUUAUUUUCCCCGUUAAAACGUGAACAACCAGGCUACAAAAACGUGACUGCUCUGACAGGCUGUUAUACGUGUGAUUUGGGAAAGGAAUCUGUUAUUGACCUGUGCGCACAGCUUUACAGUUUGUGAAUAAAUUGCUAAACUUAUUUAAAUAGCCUUGCAAGUAAGCCAUAUUUUCCUUUUGGUUUAAGGACAUUUAGUCUAUAGAAUGUCCCCCAUAUCAUUACAUAUACAACCAUUUCUAAAUAUCACUGAGAGCACGUGACCAUACAUUUUUUAUGUAUUUAUUUAACUUCGAUUUUAUCAGGGAGUCCUACUGAGACCAAGGUAUAUUUUACAGAUGAGCCCUGAAUUACUUAAAUUACAGAAAAUACAUACAUCAAAAUAUAAAUACAAAAUGUAAGUAGAAAGAAAAACGAGGUCAUAAAAAAAAACCACAUUCUGAAUUGCCCUAGAGGCACCAGAACAUCAAAUGUAAAAACAUUUUGAAGAUUGUUCCACAAAUAACGUGCAAGAAAAGUAAAUCAACUUUUAGUUAACUCAUCAAUAUGCUUUUUAAAAGACAGCUUUUCAUCUAUCCAGAAGCCCAGAUAUUUGUAAGCAGGGACAUGAUCAAUAUGGACACCAUCCAAAGUACAUAUAAUCAGUUAUAUUUAUGCGCUCUGGAGAACAACAUGUGCUUAAUUUUACCUGCAUUCAAUACUAAUUGCAGGUCAAUAAGGUUUUUCUGUAAUACAAUGAAGGCAGACUGUAGGUCAGAUAGAGCCUGGUCAACCAUUGGGGCAAUAGUAUACACAACAGUAUCAUCAGCAUGCAAGUGCAGGAUAACAUUUUUGACACAAGUCAAUAUUGUUAAUGUAAAAAGUACAGGACCCAGAAUCGACCCCUGCGGGACAACUUUCGUAAUAUCCAGGAAACCUGAUUUAACACUAUCAGUUGAUACACAUUGAGUUAUAUCGGUCAAGUAAUUUUUAAACCAGUUACAUGCAGCCUGGUCUCGACCAAUUGAAGAAAGCCUCUGAAUUAGCGGUGACUGAUCAACAGUAUCAAAAGCCUUUGACAGGUCAAUGAAGAGGGUAGCACAAUGUUGCCUUUUAUCCAUAGAGUAAACCACAUAAUUUAUAACUAAUGAUGCAGCAGAGGUAGUGAGUGCUAUGACCUGGUCUAAAACCUGACUGAUGUACAUUUAGAAUACAUUUGAAAGGUAAGAAAGAUGUUAGCUGAGAAUUAAUCAAGGGUUCAAAUAUUUUAGCUAGGCAAGACAGUUUAGAAAUAGCAUACAUGACAUAAGCCAAUGACUGUAUGGCAGCGAUCAUCAACAAGAUUCAGCUGCGGGAUGAUUUUUACUUGAGCGCAUGGUCAGUGGGCCGGAACAUAAUUACAAAUAAUUUGUAGACCGCAAGAAGCCCAAAUAGAUACACUAUAUAUACAAAAGUAUGUGGACACCCCUUCAAAUUAGUGGAUUUGGCUAUUUCAGCCACACCCGUUGCUGACAGGUGUAUAAAAUUGAUCACACAGCCAUGCAAUCUCCAUAGACAAACAUUGGCAGUAGAAUGGCCUUACUGAAGAGCUCAGUGACUUUCAACGUGGCACCGUCAUAGAAUGCCACCUUUCCAACAAGUCAGUUGGUCAAAUUUCAGCCCUGCUAGAGCUGCCCCGGUCAACUGUAAGUUAUGUUAUUGUGAAGUGGAAACAUCUAUGAGCAACAAUGGCUCAGCUGCGAAGUGGUAGGGAAUGGGACCGGCGUGUGCUGAAGCGCGUAAAAACAUCUGUCCUCGGUUGCAACACUCACUACUGAGUUCCAAACUGCCUCUGGAAGAAACGUCAGCACAAGAACUGUUCGUCGGGAGCUUCAUGAAAUGGGUUUCCAUGGCCGAGCAGCCGCACACAAGCCUAAUAUCACCAUGUGCAAUGCCAAGCGUCGGCUGGAGUGGUGUAAAGCUUGCUGCCAUUGGACUUUGGAGCAGUGGAAACCCGUUCUCUGGAGUGAUGAAUCACGCUUCGCCAUCUGGCAGUCUGACGGACAUAUCUGGGUUUGGCUGAUGCCAAGAGAACGCCACCUGCCCGAAUGCAUAGUGCCAACUGUAAAGUUUGGUGGAGGAGAAAUAAUGGUCUGGGGCUGUUUUUCAUGGAUUGGCCUAGGCCCCUUAGUUCCAGUGAAGGGAAAUCUUAAUGCUACAGCAUACAAUUACAUUCUAGACAAUUCUGCGCUUCCAACUUUGUGACAACAGUUCGGGGAAGGCCCUUUCCUGUUUCAGCAUGACAAUGCGCCUGUGCACAAAGCGAGGUCCAUACAGAAAUGGUUUGUCGAGAUUGGUGUGGAAGAACUUAACUGGCCUGCACAGAGCCCUGACCUCAACCCCAUCGAACACCUUUGGGAUGAAUUGGAACGCAGACUGCGAGGCAGGCCUAUUUGCCCAACAUCCGUGCCCCACCUCACUAAUGCUGUUGUGGCUGAAUGGAAGCAAGUCCCAACAGCAAUGUUCCAACAUCUAAUGGAAAGCCUUCCCAGAAAUGUGGAGGCUGUUAUAGGAGCAAAGGGGGGACCAAUUCCAAAUUAAUGCCCAUGAUUUUGGAAUGAGAUCUUCGAUGAGCAGGUGUCCACAUACCUUUGGUCAUGUAGUGUAUAAUAUUUGAGUAAAACAUAAUCAUUUCAAACCUUGCUUAUAUUUGUAUAUGGUCACAUAUCUCUCUAUUAUGCAUGGGAAUACUUUGGAAUAUAUUUACACAAUUAAAAUCACUUGGAGCUGAUUUGCUGUUGUUUUUACAGGCUUUCAUGUCCAACAAUAAAACUCAUUUUAAAACUUUUUUUGCUCAGAAAACUUGGGUGACCAAAGAAAAUCACCCGCGAGCCAAAUUGGGCUGCAGGCCGCCAGUUAGGGAACCCUGCUGUAUGGCAUAGGCAUGCUGUACCAUAACUGUUCAAAACUGACUAGCCUAGUCUACUUUUCUUACUUUUUAUUUGUCCUUUUCAGUGCAGGCAAAAUGCAAUAAACUCCCAAAUCUCCAGGCAUGAGAGGUAGCUAUCUAUAGCCUAGUAGGCUAGAUGAAAAUCAUGACUGAGGUUAAAAGCAUUUUCUAAGAAUAACUUAGUUUAAACUUUGUUUACUUGAGGGUGAGCCCAGUCCUCUUUAAAGUAGAAUGCUGUAACAAACAAUAUUAUUGGCCUUUGCUAUAACUCUUGCAGUAUUUGGUAGAUUAAGAUAUUGAUUGGCAGUCCUUUGUUGUUAAUCCUGUUCCUAAGGCCUGGUUUCAGUGUUUAAAACCCUGUUUCUCUCUAAACCAUGCCACACUGCUCCAACUCAGAAACCAUAAGUAUGAAUAGUUAUAGUCACUGUGUGGAACAGCUUCUCUAUGCCUUGGGCUAGGGAGGGAACAGAUAGGGUCUGUGCCAAAAGACGGGCUCUGAUCAGAGUCAGUGGGGCUAAUCGUUUUAAUGACUGUAUGUCAGAUUAUUAUGUUAACUACAUUGACAGCCAUCUGAUGCCCAUCACAGUAUGGUAUGCCUUCAUAUGGAAAUCUACUAAAUGUACAGGAUGAGUUCUGCCCCCACAUCUGCUGCCAGGGUAGUUCUUAAUGAUCAUAUAUCAGUUGGACAGAAGUCCUGAGGUCACUGACUUCAUCUGACAGGUUUUGAUGGAAUUAAUACAUUAUUAGAUAUAUAACAAGGCUAAUUUGUAUGUUCACCGUUCAAUUCUCCCAAAAUCCCACAAUCAUGUUCUGCACAUGAAUCAAAUAUGCUCACAGUUCCCUAGAGAUUAGUGUCAGGUGAGAAAAAUGUUCUGCAGCACUCCAACAAACAAGAUUUUGUUUAAAGAAACAUGUAGGCUUAUCUGCUGUCUGUAACAAUACUCAGGACACUGCCUGCCUAGGGUGCCAAUGCCUCCACACACAACACUCCAGUGUGGGAGUUUUGGUUUAAGAGCCACGACCAGUAAACACAUGAUGUGAAAAUCUAGAAGACGGGCUUGGGCGAACAUCUGUAGAAAGAAUGGCCUAUGUGUGAAAAACAGACUGUAGCGGUAUGUCAUACCGUCGUGAGCAGUGACUGCACAUGUCAUACCGUCGUGAGCAGUGACUGCACAUGUCAUACCGUCGUGAGCAGUGACUGCACAUGUCAUACCGUCGUGAGCAGUGACUGCACAUGUCAUACCGUCGUGAACAGUGACUGCACAUUCCAACUGAAAAAAGUUACAGUGCCUUCAGAAAGUAUUCACACCCCUUGACUUUUUCCACAUUUUGUUGUUACAGCCUGAAUGGGUGAAACGUAGAUUUGUUUGUCACUGGCUUACACACAAUACCCCAUAAUGUCAAAGUGGAAAUAUGUUUUUCAACAUUUUUACAAAUUAAUUAAAACUGAAAUGUCUUGAGUCAAUAAUUAUUCAACUCCUUUAUUAUGGCAAGCCUAAAUAAGUUCAGGAGUAAAACAUUUGCUUAAUAAAUCACUUAAUAAGUUGCAUGGACUCACUCUGUGUGCAAUAAUAGUGUUUAACAUGAUUUUUUGAAUGACUACCUCAUAUCUGUACCCCACACAUACAAUUAUCUGUAAGGUCCCUCAGUCGAGCAGUGAAUUUCAAACACAGAUUCAAACACAAAGACCAGGGAGGCUUUCCAAUGCCUCGCAAACAAGGGCACCCACUGGUAGAUGGGUACUGUAUGUCUUCAACCCACUGACCAAAUAUCAAGUGCAACUCAACCCGGGUCUCUCCCCGCUGCACCCCAAUACUGCCAGGACAGGACACCCGUGUUCUACGGUGCAGAGACUGAAAUAGCCCCCUCUUCCUUUACCCUGAGUCAGGAGCUAAUAACAUAAAGAGAUCAUGGGGGAACUGUUUAAGUCUAGCAGCAACAGACCAUGGCCUCCAUAUUCCUAACGGGUCAGCUAUAAGAUCACAAGAUGUUGGGUUAUUCGAAAGCAUCUGCUCAAUGUUUAAUUGCUCCCCACUGGUCAGGGGCACAAACAAGUAAUGUGAAGUCAAGAAUAAGUGCUAAUUCUGUAGAUGACCCUUUCCCUGUAGUUUCAUUUCUUGAGGGAGAUUGGCGCGAUUUCAAGAACUUUCUUUGAUAGUGAAGUGUUAAAGUUGCAGGGUGUUGUGACUAGCUCUGCUAGGAGACUGUCCCCUCAGAUACAAAGCUGUAUGUGUUCAGCAACAAGGCUUACGUUAAACCACCGGGAUCUGCACCUAUUCCCCCCACAACCACACCUGUCAGACACUGGUGGUGGGAGAACUUCAACACUCCUCUGUUCAGGACAACUAUGUAAGCCUGUUAUGUUUCCUCAUUAUGGGCCCAGCAGUCUUUCCAUUACGUUAUGCUUGAAAUAUGUCUUUGUCAUGUAUCAACAUGAGUCCUUCCAGGGGAUUGAACUUGGUUCUCAAAUAAAGUAUUUGCUUUAUGUUUUGCCAUUUUUCUACAACACUUUCAGUCUUGUCUUUGUGAGGUCCUUAAUGUUUCUGGUGGUUGUUUCCCCCUUGUCUCCAGGUGACAUGGAUAUUUCUCUGUUGGUGGCAUUCUGCUCCUGUGUUUCUCCUGCUUUGGGUGAGCUUUUUCCUUUCACGUACUUUCACUUUCUUUGUUUGAGCUUUUCUCUCAAAUGACUCCAGCACUUGAAUGGUGACUGAGGAACCAGACAAAUGCAUUUGUAGUCACUGACGGUGCUGUUAUUAGUAUUGGUACAGUGUAGCAGACUAAAAACAUGUCAUUCACAGUGUGGUUGAGGGUACUAUAAUGUAUUUUUUAGAGUACGGGAGGAAAAAGUAUGAAAAUGUAUGCACUCACUACUAAGCAGUGUGUCUGCCAAAUGACUAAAAUGUCCAAAUGAGUGCCAGUGAUGAUCUGGUCUCUGGUCUGUCUGUACUAACAGGGUCAGGAUUUGGCAGGGAGAUGCCAGGUAAGUUGGCAAUGCAUUGGAUGCCUCAGUUGUGUCAUAAAGGAAUGAGAAAUGCAGUCUGUCUGCCUUGGAAUGGACACAGAAUGCACGGCCAUCUUUGUUUUUUGCUUAUCAGUUGCCCUAGAGCAGUGUUUCCCAACUCCAGUCCUCGAGUACCCCUUUUUUUUUUCAGUACACAUUUUUAUCGUAGCCCUGGACAAGCACACCUGAUUCAACUUGUCAACUAAUCAUCAAGCCCUCGAUGAGUUGAAUCAGGUGUUCAACAAAAAUGUGUGCUGUUGGGAAACACUGCCCUAGAGCAGGGUUUCCCAACCCUCUCCUUGGGCCCAUCCAGACUUUUCACAUUUUUGUUUUAACACGAAACUGGCACGGUCAUUGACAGUGCAUUGUUUCCCCUAGGAUUUUUUUCAGCAGCGGUGGGGUGAGGUUGGGGGUUGCAGCGGAUGGGUUCUACCUGGGGCAUACAUGUACAUUAUAUAUACACUACCAGUCAAAGUUUGGACACACCUACUCAUUCAAUGGUUUUUCUUUAUUUUUACAAUGUUUUACAUUGUAGAAUAAUAGUGAAGACAUCAAAACUAUGAAAUAACACAUAUGGAAUCAUGUAGUAAACAAAAAAAGUGUUAAACAAAUCAAAAUAUAUUUUAAAUUUGAGAUUCUUCAAAUAGCCACCCUUUGCCUUGAUGACAGCUUUGCACACUCUUGGCAUUCUCUCAACCAGCUUCAGCUGGAAUGCUUUUCCAACAGUCUUGAAGGAGUUCCCACAUAUGCUGAGCACUUGUUGGCUGCUUUUCCUUCACGCUGUGGUCCGAUUCAUCCCAAACCAUCUCAAUUGGGUUGAGGUCGGGGGAUUGUGAAAGCCAGGUCAUCUGAUGCAGCACUCCAUCACUCUCCUUCUUGGUAAAAUAGCCCUUACACAGCCUGGAGGUGUGUUGGGUCAUUGUCAUGUUGAAAAACAAAUGAUAGUCCCACUAAGCCCAAACCAGAUGGGAUGGCGUAUCGCUGCAGAAUGCUUUGGUAGCCAUGCUGGUUAAGUGUGCCUUGAAUUCUAAAUUAAUCACAGACUAAUUAAGCACCCCCACACCAUAACACCACCUCCUCCAUGCUUUACGGUGGGAAAUACACAUGCGGAGAUCAUCCGUUCACCCACACCGCGUCUCACAAAGACAUGGCGGUUGGAACCAAAAAUCUCAAAUUUGGACUCCAGACCAAAGGACAAAUUUCCACCGGUCUAAUGUCCAUUGCUCGUGUUUCUUGGCCCAAGCAGGUCUCUUCUUCUUAUUGGUGUCCUUUAGUAGUGGUUUCUUUGCAGCAAUUCGACCAUGAAGGCCUGAUUCACACAGUCCCCUCUGAACAGUUGAUGUUGAGAUGUGUCUUUUACUUGAACUCUGUGAAGCAUUUAUUUGUGCUGCAAUUUCUGAGGCUGGUAACUCUAAUGAACUAAUCCUCUGCAGCAGAGGUAACACUGGGUCUUCCAUUCCUGUGGUGGUCCUCAUGAGAGCCAGUUUCAUCAUAGCGCUUGAUGGUUUUUGCAACUGCACUUGAAGAAACUUUUAAAGUUCUUGACAUUUUCCGUAUUGACUAACCAUCAUGUCUUAAAGUAAUGAUGGACUGUUGUUUCUCUUUGCUUAUUUGAGCUGUUCUUGCCAUAAUAUGGACUUGGUCUUUUACCAAAUAGGGCUAUCUUCUGUAUACCCCCCCACCCCCCCCCCACCCCACCCCACCUUGUCACAUCACAACUGAUGGCUCAAACGCAUUAAGAUAGAAAGAAAUUCCAGAAAUUAUCUUUUAAGAAGGCACACCUGUUAAUUGAAAUGCGUUCCAGGUGACUACCUCAUAAAGCUGGUCGAGAGAAUGUUUAACACUUUUCAUAGUUUUGGUGUCUUUACUAUUAUUCUACAAAUAGUAAAAUUAAGAAAAACCCUGGAGUAGGUGUGUCCAAACCUUUGACUGGUACUGUAUAAAGAAAAAUGUUACUUUUUUUAUUUUUCAGUGGUGGGUGGCCAAUGCAAAUAGGGGAGACACUGCAGUGUGAUAGAGGGAAGUGUGUAGUGUCAUAUAUUUUAGCAAACUGUAGUGUCUUUAGAGUGCCAGUGAUUAAAGAAUGAGCUAGUCUCUGGUCUGUCUGUGUACUAACAGGGUCAUCUAUAGGCAGGGACAUGCCAGGUAAGUGUGUUGUAUUGGAUGCCUCAGUGGUGUCAUAAAGGAAUGCUGUCUGUCUUGGAAUGGACACUGAGAAUGCAUGGCCAUAUUUGUUAUUGGCUGGUCAGUUGCCCUAGAGCAGGGUUUCUCUCCCUGGGUGCAGAUUUUGUUUUUUGCCCUAGCACUACACAGCUGAUUCAAAUAAACAACUCAUCAUCAAGCUUUGAUUAUUUGAAGAAUGCUAUGGCAAAAAAACUGGUUGUCUAGGUCUUAAUUGAAAGGAAAGACCAGAAGACACUAGGCCCUCUAUGGAAUGAGUUUGACACCCCUGCCCUAGAGUAUGGCUGUCUAUAGAGUAACUAGCUUUGCUCUGUCUGUACUUACAGAUUGCACAACUAUAUUGAUUAAGUACUAUUGUGUAAGGAUUUCAAGUUAUGAUUAAAUCCAGUUCAUUUGAAAUAGGCUAAUCUAGACUGCUGUAAGAAAGAGCUUUUGCUUUCCUGGCCAGGAUUAGGCAUUUUCUCAUGUGAGGGAUUUGAGUAAUCAGUCAUUUGGUAUGCAGCCAAGCCUCCCAUAUUGUAGUAGCAUGUGGCACUAGGCACUCCUACACUGUACUUUGGGUUGUGUUGUGCUGACUUGUUCCUGAGCAGAUUGCCCUACAUUAGUUGUUUUUCUCCUCAGUCAACAGGGUGAUUUGGGCAGGAUAUAAGUUCCCCUGGUAAUGGAGAGGGUUGACACCAAACGGAAGUGUUUGUUGGACAUUAGGCUUAUCUACUGCACCAUAAAAAGCCCUGCUGGCUCGGGUUGUCGUUCUCUGACAUCCUUUAGAAGAAAACAAAAUGAAAAUGUCAGCAGAUACGAGAUGAGCCAAUCAGAGGAACAUUUCAUUGUUAAGAGAGCUGAACAUUGAUUAGUGUACUUGGAAUCUUCAAGAAGGGGUUAUUUUAUCUCUGUACUCCAUGAAGCAGGAGUAAUUUAUUUAUUGUUUGGUGAUCCAGAUAACGUGACAUCCAUGUAAUUUAGAUUCUUAAUCUAAAUGGUAUUGUAAGGAAAAAUGUGACCUUUGGUUGAUUCCCAAAUGGUUACUCGCACUGCACAAGCCAACAUGUAUGCGCGCACCACGCACACACCACACACACACACACACACACACACACACACACACACACACACACACACACACACACACACACACACACACACACACACACACACACACACACACAGGUAAAGUCUGCUUUAUUACAGUGCCUACCUAAGAUGACAUUGGUCACUGGCCUUAGAAAUGACUGCAGAGUGGGUAUGGUUAUUAAUGCAUCAGGACUUGCAACUCUGUGUGGUGUCUUGCAUCAUUGUAGCAUUUCCAUGAAUAACUGCUUUCAACAGAGCUUCUUAUUGAACACUGCAUUUUGCAGCUUCCCCUUUACUCAUAUGAGGAGAGAGGCACCUGAGUGUUGCCAGAUUGUAUUUAAAAGCAUGCACUGUAUAUCAUAUCACCCAGUGAUGUAAUCUGUGUUAGUGCAUGCACCAUUCCUAAACCUUCAGUACAAGUGGACCGUAUUUUUUAAAAGCACAGAACACUACAACAGGCUUACUAUCAUGUGUACAGUAGUCACUAGUUACAUUCAAUGCAAACCUCUGGAACACUUGACUACAGUUCUGAAAGUAAACAGAGCCUAAAAUCAGUUAUGAAAGCUUCAUAGUUCACACCAAGCACACAGUCAGAGCUAAUGUCUGUCAAUCACUAAUGCUUUCUGUCUUUUCUUUUUCAGCAUCAACGAUGGAUGAAAAAGGUAAAGGUUUCUUGUUUCAAAUUACUGUAUCGAUUGUAUUUCACUUUAAUGAGCAUGUUGGCAAAGAGUUAAAUCACAUACAUUUUGGUCACUCGCCAUCUUUUUCACACCAGUUGCACUCAACUCAGUUAAGGUUUGAAUUAGUUUAGCUCCAAACUUGGUAUGUAAGUUUCCAUUGAAAGGGACCACUAUGAGUGUGUGCGAUUUAAAUUAGAUUUAAUUCCAGCGGUUCCUUUACAAUGCAUUCCAUCUGGCGUCAUGCACAGCUCUGUCGCCAAUCUGCUUUGGCUGCCGAGGGGACAAGUGGUCUAAUGUGCCUUUUUUAAUACUGUAGUUACAAUUUCAAUGUACACUGAAUAACUGUGAAUAAUAACAUUCUACAAAAUGCAGAGUCACUAAGUUCAUAUGGUUUUUGAUGUAUUCCAUCUCCUCCUCCUCUUCUCCCCUCCCAGACUAUGACGCUGCGUUUCACUAUGGUGAGUGGGGAAUGGAUCAACAUGGACUAACUCCACAGGGGGCAAACGUGACACUUCUCAGGAAAUAUUUGGGAGGUCAAGAAGGCUCGCAUUUUCCCUCCAUUUUUUCAGGAGCGUCGGAAAACAUUGACCCCUCGGGCCACGCUUCCGUAGUUCAACUGACAAACAGUUAUAGUCCCGCCCACUGUUGUAGUAGCCUCAUUUCUAAACACAUCACAACCAUUAUAGAGAUUCUGUCAUCAAACCCGUUCAUUGCUCUAUCCUGUCUUCAGUAGGUCUAUGCAUUCUCAGACACAUUAUAGGAUGUAUUCAGCUCUUACAGUGAAUAUUCUUCCAUGUUUGAGGCAGUAAUAUCAAUCAGACUAUAGAUAUCUAUAGGUAUGAACCUGAUGGAUAUAUGAAUCGUGGCAUAAACAGUAGGAGCAUAUGUUUGAAUGAUCUCAUAGGAAUGUGAUUGAUGGUGUCAUAAUUACAUAGCUAUGCUGCAUACACCCUAAGAGGGUUCAGUGCAUACGUAUGUACUGAAUGAGAUAUUUUAAGUUACACUGUGCCUUGCACAUGUUCCAUAGUAGUGGGGCUUAGUAUGCAUGGAUAAAAAUGUAUUUCUGUUUCAGACUAUGAAUCUCUGAGGAUCGGUGGACUGAUCUUCGCUGUGGUAUUGUUUGUCAUGGGCAUUGUCCUCAUCGUCAGUAAGUCUGUCGGCCUAAGUACGGUUAUACUUAAAAUACAAUUUUAAGUAUUACACUUACAUUUUAAUUACCCAUUGAAAUAACAUUUGAUUAGUGUCAUAAGGUUUAUUUCUACUGUACCAAUCUCAUUCCAUAAUGAUGGUAUUUCUGCGCUGUUCAACAUGCUGAUCCAGUGGACAGCUCCUCUUUACCAGUCCAGUCCUUAUAAACAAACCUGGGAUCAGUUACUUUCUGGGGGCUGGGACGCAGGCCAACAUGCCUUGCAAAAUGCCCAGACCCCCAGGACACCCAACACCUCUCUGCCCUGUAGACAUCUGCACAUCUAGGGCCCUGACUAAAACUGGCCUGGACACUAUGCAGCCUUGUCCCCUCCCUCCUCAUCUCCUGCCCUUGCACUCAUCCACCCCACCCCAGGCAUAGCUGCAGCCCCCCACCCACCCUAACUCUCACCCCAGGCAGAGCUGCAGCCCCCCACCCUAACUCUUACUCCAGGCAUCCAUUACAUUAGUCAGCCCAUACAUUAGUCAUAGAUACCACAGGGGGCAGAGGGAGUGCCCCCCCUGAUCCAGUGGACAGCUCCUCUUUACCAGUCCAGUCCUUAUAAACAAACCUGGGAUCAGUUACUUUCUGGGGGCUGGGACGCAGGCCAACAUGCCUUGCAAAAUGCCCAGACCCCCAGGACACCCAACACCUCUCUGCCCUGUAGACAUCUGCACAUCUAGGGCCCUGACUAAAACUGGCCUGGACACUAUGCAGCCUUGUCCCCUCCCUCCUCAUCUCCUGCCCUUGCACUCAUCCCCCUGCAAAGAGAAGGCGUUGGGUUUGUAGUGUCCUGUCCAGCCUCCCGAGUGGCGCAGUGGUCUAAGGCACUGCAUCGCAGUGCUAGCUGUGCCACUAGAGAUCCUGGUUCGAAUCCAAGCUCUGUCGUAGCCGGCCGCGACCGGGAGACCCAUGGGGCGGCGCAUAAUUGGCCCUGCGUCGUCCAGGGUAGGGGAGGCAAUGGCCGGCAGGGAUGUAGCUCAGUUGGUAGAGCAUGGCGUUUGCAACGCCAGGGUUGUGGGUUCAAUUCCCACGGGGGGCCAGUAUGAAAAAUAAAAUAAUGUAUGCACUCACUAACUGUAAGUCGCUCUGGAUAAGAGCGUCUGCUAAAUGAUGUGAAUGUAAUAAUUUAGAAUAAUCAAGCACUUAGUUUGCAUAUUUUUAACUGGAUAAGAUAGGGUCUUGUAAAAUAUGUAAUAUACCAAUAUUCCAACUUCUAUACAGAGCGGUUGCUAUAGUAUCUUCAUUCUAGUGUAAGUUUACCAGGCAUGUGUCUUUGACACCUAGGAUGGAGAGAGUAUAUCAGCUUUCCAUCAUAGUAGCUCUUUUUCACACCAAUUUCUCUCUCUCUCUCUCUCUCUCUCUCUCUCUCUCUCUCUCUCUCUCUCUCUCUCUCUGCAGGCCGGAAAUGCCAAUGCAAAUCAAGUCCGAAGUCACGGUAAGUUGGGCGAAGAAGAGAUACAGUGUUGAUAAAAACAUGGCAGAGAAAGACCAUGACUGAGUUCAUUGUAAGGCUAUUAACCUCUUAAGGAUCGGACCCUUUCUUUCCAUUUUCGCCUAAAAUAACAUACCCAGAUCUAACUGCCUGUAGCUCAGGACCUGAAGCAAGGAUAUGCAUAUUCUUGAUACCAUUUGAAAGGAAACACUUUGAAUUUUGUGGAAAUGUGAAAUUAAUGUAGGAGAAUAUAACACAUUAGAUCUGGUAAAAGAUAAUACAAACUAUUUGUUUUUUGUUCCAUCUUUGAAAUGAAAGAGACAGGCCACAAUAUAAAUUGCAGUUUAGGCGCAAUUUAGAUUUUACAUUUACAUUUACAUUUUAGUCAUUUAGUAGACGCUCUUAUCCAGAGCGACUUACAGGAGCAAUUAGGGUUAAGUGCCUUGCUCAAGGGCACAUUUACGUCAUUUAGCAGACGCUCUUAUCCAGAGCGACUACAAAUUGGUGCAUUCACCCUAUAGCCAGUGGGAUAACCACUUUACAAUUAUACUUUUUUUUUUUUUUUUUUUUUGGGGGGGGGGGGGGGGGGUAGAAGGAUUACUUUAUCCUAUCCCAGGUGUUCCUUAAAGAGGUGGGGUUUCAAAUGUCUCCGGAAGGUGGUGAGUGACUCCGCUGUCCUGGCGUCGUGAGGGAGCUUGUUCCACCAUUGGGGUGCCAGAGCAGCGAACAGCUUUGACAGGGCUGAGCGGGAACUAUGCUUCCGCAGAGGAAGGGGAGCCAGCAGGCCAGAGGUGGAUGAACGCAAUGCCCUCGCCUGGGUGUAGGGACUGAUCAGAGUCUGAAGGUACGGAGGUGCCGUUCCCCUCACUGCUCCAUAGGCAAGCACCAUGGUCUUGUAACGGAUGCGAGCUUCAACUGGAAGCCAGUGGAGUGUGCGGAGGAGGGGGGUGACGUGAGAGAACUUGGGAAGGUUGAACACCAGACGGGCUGCGGCAUUCUGGAUGAGUUGUAGGGGUUUAAUGGCACAGGCAGGGAGCCCAGCCAACAGCGAGUUGCAGUAAUCCAGACGGGAGAUGACAAGUGCCUGGAUUAGGACCUGUGCCGCUUCCUGUGUAAGGCAGGGUCGUACUCUCCGAAUGUUGUAGAGCAUGAACCUGCAGGAUCGGGGGGGAUUCAGCAGUGAGGAGAAUGUGGCAAAGAGCUUCCUAGGGUUAGAGGCAGAUGCUUGGAAUUUAGAGUGGUAGAAAGUGGCCUUAGCAGCAGAAACAGAUGAAGAAAAUGUAGAGAGGAGGGAGUGAAAAGAUGCCAGGUCGGCAGGGAGUUUAGUUUUCUUCCAUUUCCGCUCAGCUGCCCGGAGCUCUGUUCUGUGAGCUCGCAAUGAGUCAUCAAGCCACAAGCUGGAGGGGAGGACCGAGCCGGCCGGGAGGAUAGGGGACACAGGGAGUCAAAUGAUGCAGAAAGGGAGGAGAGGAGGGUUGAGGAGGCAGAAUCAGGAGAUUGGAGGGAGAAGGAUUGAGCAGAGGGAAGAGAUGAUAGGAUGGAAGAGGAGAGAGUAGUGGGAGAGAGAGAGCGAAGGUUGCGGCGGCGCGUUACCAUCUGUGUAGGGGCAGAGUGAGUAGUGUUGGAGGAGAGCGAGAGAGAAAAGGAUACAAAGUAGUGGUCGGAGACAUGGAGGGGAGUUGCAGUGAGAUUAGUAGAAGAGCAACAUCUAGUAAAGAUGAAGUCAAGCGUAUUGCCUGCCUUGUGAGUGGGUGAGGUCAAAAGAGGAGAGGAGUGGAAAGAAGGAGGCAGAGAGAAAUGAGUCAAAUGUAGACGUGGGGAGGUUGAAAUCCCCCAAAACUGUGAAGGGUGAGCCAUCCUCAGGAAAGGAACUUAUCAAGGCGUCAAGCUCAUUGAUGAACUCUCCAAGGGAACCUGGAGGGCGAUAGAUGACAAGGAUAUUAAGCUUAAAUGGGCUAGUGACUGUGACAGCGUGGAAUUCAAAUGAGGAGAUAGACAGAUGGGUUAGGGAAAAAAUUGAGAAUGACCACUUGGGAGAGAUGAGGAUUCCUGUGCCACCACCCCUCUGACCAGAUGCUCUCGGGGUAUGCGAGAACACAUGGUCAGACGAGGAGAGAGCAUUAGGAGUAGCAGUGUUUUCAGUGGUAAUCCAUGUUUCCGUCAGCGCCAGGAAGUCGAGGGACUGGAGGGUAGCAUAGGCUGGGAUGAAGUCAGCCUUGUUGGCGGCAGAACGGCAGUUCCAGAGGCUGCCUGAGACCUGGAACUCCAGGUGUGUGGUGCGUGCAGGGACCACGCACCACACACUUUGGCCACCACACAUUUUGGCCACUAGAUGGCAGCAGUGUGUGUGCAACGUUUCAGAUUGAUCCAGUGAAGCAUUGCAAUACUGGACUAUUUUGUAUCAAGUCUGCCCAAAUGUGCCGACUUGGUCAAUUGAUACAUUUUCAAGUACAUAACUAUAGAGAACAUACAAAAAUGAUAUGGUAAUACAAAAUGUAAGUUUACACACUCCCAGGAAUGUCAUACAUGAUGGAUCAAUAGCUUAUACACUAACUUUCAUACAUCUAGAUGGCCGGGCGGGGUGGGUGUGUAGCCAGAGACAGCAAGGGUUCAAACUGUAGAACCCAGUUCCUACAUUUGAAUAUAAAAAUUGAUUUUAUCAAACAAAACUAUGCUACAUUUUAUCUCUGGGACCUUUAGGAUGACAAAUCAGAGCAAGAUUACUGAAUGUAAGUACAUAAUAGCUACUGUAAAUUGGACAGUGCAGUUAGAUUAACAAGAAUUUAAGCUUUCUGCCCAUAUAAGACAUGUCUAUAUCCUGGAAAGUUUACUGUUACUUACAACAGUCAUGCUAAUCACAUUAGCGCAUUAGCUCAACUAUCCCGUAUACAGGACACCGAUCCCAUAGAGGUUAAAGUGUCAUCUCUAGACUCGUAAAAGGAGCUAUUUAGAAUAUUCUUAACAGUUAGACAGAAGCUACAGUACUCAGUUUGAUGUUCAAUACAUUUUCUGUUAUUUACAGUUUGUUUUCAAUUUCCCUCUCUUAGGCCUGUUGGGGUACCUGAGGCAUUGGCAGAGGCAGGGGCUGUGACAGGUAAAAGUAAUCUAUAUCUUUGUCUUCAUUGCCAUAUCAAACGUCUGUUUUGUAUGUAUCAUUUUUAUUUCUGAAACCAAUACAUCUCAUCAUGACACCUAUCCGCUCUCAGGUCCUCAGUGAUGUGAAGUCUCGCCACCAGGCGGCAGCAUCGGACAGUAGAUGACUACUAUGGCCAUCUCCCAGAAAGCACAAGGCUCCUUUUUUUAUUUCCAUCCUGCUGAUAUGUUCUCUUGACAUUUUUUGCUUUUCUCUUUUUUUCUAUAUGAAUUAAUCUACAAUGACAGUACUUUGAGGAAAUAAUUGGUUUAUGCAGUAGGGUUGUUUUAAUUGUAGGCUAUAUGUUAAACCUCAUAUGUGAUAGACACACAUGAACAAGCGAUUUUGUAAGUUAGAACUUGACUAUUAAUGACUAUUUUAAAUUGUAAUAAAUAAAAUAAAGUGAUGUAGAUUGGUAA